UAAUAUCUACGCGUCGGUGUUUUUGUUUGAGCCGUUUGACUUCCAGAGAAGGUGUGCUGUAGCUGUUGCUGUGAUGGUGUUGUUUCCGAACUCACUAACGGAGGAAGAGGAGUCUCUACAGAAGAAGUAUGCUAAACUUAAGAAAAAGAAAAAGGCACUUCUUGCACUGAAGAAGCAGAGUUCAACCAACCAAACAAACCAGAGUGGCUUGAAACGGACGCUGUCGGAUCAGCCUGUUGUUGAUACCGCAACAGCGACAGAGCAAGCUAAGAUGCUCAUCAAGUCAGGCGCCAUCAGCGCCAUUAAAUCAGAGACCAAGAACUCCGGCUUCAAACGCUCCCGAAUGCUAGAAAUCAAACUUAAGGACCCAGAAAAAGGUCCGGCUCCUGCCUUCCUACCCUUCCAAAGGAGUGUCUCUAUAGAUGAUGAUCCACAUGAGUCUGGAAAGAGAGGUCAAAUGAAGAGUCUGUAUGAAAGCUUCGUUAGUUCAAGCGACCGAUACCGGGAUGAAGAAGAAGGAGGCGGCUUGUCGUCCAGCCGUGAUGUGGACCGAGAAAGGGACAGAGACAUAGACAGGGAGUGGGAAAGAGACAGAGAUCGGGAUCGAGACCGGGAACGGGAACAGGAUAGAGACAGAGGCCGGGACAGAGACAGAGACAGGGAAAGAGAAAGAGAACGAGAAAGAGAAAGACACAGAGAACGAAGCAGAGAGAGAGACAGAGACCAGGACAGGGAGCGGGACAGAGACAGAGACACACCUUUCAGAAGAUCGGACUCGUACCCGGAGCGCAGAGGUGUGCGUAAGGGGAACACGGUGUAUGUUUACGGCUCCGGCCUGGUGGAGGACAGCCUGCGCUCGGCCUUCUCCCAUCAUGGGAACAUCAUCGACCUCUCAAUGGACAACCCGCGCAAUUGUGCAUUUAUCACGUUUGAGAAGAUGGAGUCUGCAGACCAGGCUGUAGCUGAGUUGAAUGGAGCUGUGGUGGGAGACGUUCAUAUCAGAGUCAGCAUUGCCAGGAAGCAGCCCAUGCUGGACGCUGCCACCGGAAAAUCAGUGUGGGCCUCCCUCGCUGUGCAGAACAGCACCAAAGGCUCGUACAGGGAUAAGAGGAACCAGGUGGUCUACAGUGAAGACUUCCUGGAAUAAAAGAAGUUUUUUUUUUGUUUUGUUUUAAUGAGAAGCUGGCCUGUAUCAUGGAAUUGUUUUUCGUUGAAUUGAAUAAAUCACAUUCUCAAGUGGAAUUCCACAAAACUGGGA